AUGACUUCACCCUCAGUCCAUGCGAUCGAGCCAUCCCAACUAUUACAUUAUCUGCCCACGUAUCGGGUGCUGAUCUGCCUGCGUUGCAACUACGCGAUUCAGCCUGGUGCAGUCGCUCGCCAUCUCAAAGAAAUCCAUCAUCUUCACCAUUUAUCCCGCCGACCUUUUGUUGACUACGCCUCGGGAUUUAAACUAAGCCAGACCAGUGAUGUCGUCUUGCCCGAUGAAACCCAGUUUCCAGUGCCUUUACUGCCUGUCCAAAAUGGGCUAGCGUGCUCGUUUGCAGGCUGCGCCCAUCUUUGUGUCACCGCCAAGCGCAUGAAGCAGCACUGGAUGUCUUGGAGAUUUUUGGGACCCAGUACCGCUGCAGACAUUUUUCGGGGAAAUGCUCUCCACUACUUUACUAACCCCGCGUUGUUGAUUUCGUCGUCGUCUGACAAAUCAGGUGGACCGACGAACACGAAUCGAAAAUCGAGCCCUUACCAAAUGUUGAUCACAAGCGACGCAGGCCUACUAGACCAUUAUCGGAACUACACCUACAAAACCCUCUCAUGCGGCCCCGAGACAGACGAUGCGUUUCAAAUCAUUGUCCCACAGCUAGCCCACCAGUUUCCCUUCUUACUCCAUGGCAUCCUAUCCUGUUCCUCGCUCCACCUUGCUUCUAUCGACCCCAAAAAUCGACCGUAUUAUACGAUUCGGUCAAUACAACACGCAGAUCAAGCGGCUCCUGCAUUCCGAUGGGCAACUAUAAAUGUGGAUAGCAAUAACAGUCAGGCGGUGCUAGCUUUCGCAUUUUUCCUCGUCGUCUACACGCUAGGCUCCGAGUCGAACGACCAACCGUUGUUUCUGAGCAAAGAUAUUAGCCGAGGAGAAGAUGCGCCUUCCUUGGAAUGGAUUGAGAUCCUCCGUAAUGGCUGCUCCAUGCUAUGCCCCUUCUGGACGGAACUCACCACUAGUCCAUUGGCACCUUUCACGGCACUUUGGCGGGAUGAUCUCGGCGUCCCUACUAAUCCAAACGACCCACUACUAAUUACACUACUCUCCGUCAUUCCGGAAUAUAAAUCCGAAUCGACUGACCACUAUAUAUACCGCGAUUCCGCGGUCAAAUUGGCACGGGCCUUUGCAUUUAUUGAGCGUUUUGGCUCACCGCCAACUAUAUGGGAUGUUCUAAAUUCAUGGCCAAUGCGCGUUUCACCCGAGUAUCUGGCCCUAUUGAAACAUAACAACCCAGGCGCUUUGCUGCUGUUGGCCCACUAUGCUAUCCUUCUAAAGCCACUUCGGGAAGAGUGGUUUCUAAAAGGUCGAGUCAUGGAAUUGAUAGAUAAAAUCGCGCAACGAUUAAAAGGCAAUUGCUCGCCCCAGAUUUGGGAAGUGUUUUCUGUGAUGCAGCGGGAACACUUUGCGAGUGAUGCUAUAUAA